AUGGUUCGCUUCAAGCGUGUGGGCAAGAAGCGGAAGGAGGAAGCCAAGAGCUCCCCGCCGGACAAGCCGUCCUUCCUGCUGCUGCGGCGGGGCGGGCAGGUGCCAGAGGAUGGCGCGUCCCUCUUCCGCCGGCGCCCGGAAAGGAAAUUCAAGCCACGGGCGCAGGUGCUGAGCAAGGCGGCCGCUGCCACGGGCUGGCUGGCCAGGAAGGUGCUCUCCCGGCGGGGACGGCUGACGGGGGGUGUCCGCGCGGCCGACGCGGCCUGGCUCUCCCGUAUCGGUGCCAGGAAGCUGCCGUUCCCUGCGGAAGACGAGAUCCUCAGGCACCGGGCCAACAUGAAGCGGAUCCCCGGCGGCAGUGAGCUGUUGGCUGCCGGCGCCGCGCGGCACGGGCAGGAGAGGCCUGGCAGCACCAUACGGCGCUCGUCCCGGCGGCACUCCAUGCACGCGCCCACGAAGCCGCCGCUGCCGCGCUACGGGUGGGCUGAGGAGGAGGAUGGAGCCUACAGCCGCCGCCGUGGCUACGCCAAGGAGGAGGAUGGAGCCUAUGGCUCCCGCCGUACCUACGCCAAGAAGGAAAAUGGAGUCUAUGGCCCCCGGCAUGGCUACACCAAGGAGGAAGGUGGAGCCUACGGCCUCCAGCAUGGCUAUGCUGAGGAUGGAGCCUACAGGCCCUGGCGUGACUACACCGAAGAGGAGAAUGGGGCCUAUGGCCCCCAGCAUGGCUACGCUGAGGAGGAGGAAGGCUACAUCCCAAACCCAGCCUACCCGACAGAGUAUGACUUUGAGGACACGGUGCUGAGCCCCUACGCUGACUACCCUGGCUAUGAGGCAGAGGAGGAAUACGGCUUCUAUGAUGGGUUUUGGGAUGAUGGUGACCCCCCGGCACACCCUUACAGCUAUGCAGAGCUCGAGGAGGAGGGGCCAUUCGGUGGUGGGUCCCCCUCAGCUCUCUAUGACCCUUACAGCAGUGACCCCGAGUACGGAGAGGAGGCAGUGGGUCACUUCGGCUACAGGGGGGACCCCUAUGAGGACUUUGGAGACCCUCUUGCUGAGGGGUACUCUGGGGAUGAGUACCCCGAGCAUCGCAUCCAGUACAGCGAGGCGGGAUGGGCACCGCACGCCCAGUCCUCCUGCAACCCCUACGCCCUGGGCCUGGAGGAGAUCACGGAAGCUGAGGAGCCCGAGGAGUGGGAGGACGAGGAGGAGGAGAAUGGGGAAUACCCCUUCUCCAUCCUCAACGCCUCCUCGCUCCGGGGCAUGCGGGAGACGCUCUCCUCCAAACUCUCCCUCAAUAGGAAAUUCAGGCUCUUUCCUCGGCCCCAGGUCAAGCUUUUUGGCAGGGAUCGCCUGGACGUCCCCCUCCUGCCCUCCCCACACCUGCCUGCCGCCCACGACGAAGACGACUACGAUGAGUACGAGCCGCCGGCGGCAGCCCCCGGCCCCACGGCAGCCGCGGGACGCCGGCUUUCGGCAGCGCGGGUGUGCGGGAGCCCUCUGGGGCAGUUCCUCCAGCGCUCCCUCUCACAGCCCCACAGCCGCCCACCGCGGGGCGGGGGGGGAAUUCGGGAGCCCCGAACCCCGCAGCCCUCCUACAGGCGCUCUGGCCCCAGGCUGGCGGGGAUGGAGAGCGCCGGCUCGGGGAGCCGGGACCCUGCGCCGCGGCCAUCUCUGGCCAGGGACCCUUCCGCAGCGGCGGGGCCGUGGGGGCAGCCGCCUCCGCGGGAGCCGGGCGCUGCGCGGCGGCCGUCGCUCCGCAACCCCUUCGCCAACCCCGCGCGCUCCCCAUCGCCGCCGGCCCGGCAGCGGCCCGGCAGCGUGCGGGGCGAGGGGCCGCGGCGAUCCCAGUCCCUGGGCGCCAGCUUCCGGCGCCUCGGCCCCGAGCCGCCCGCCACGCCGCCGCCCGCCCCCCGCUCCCCGGGGCCAGUGGGGAGGCGUUUGGGGAUGCCCGCGGCGGGGUCGGGGAGACCCUUGUCCCCACGACCGUCGCGGCGGAGUAGCCCCCCCGGGCUGCCGCUCCCCCAGGCCUGGCCCCGGCUUCCCGAGCCUCCCACCAAGGCCGUGAAGCCGCUGCAGAGGACCCCCUUCCUGGCGCCGACCUCCCGCCCCGGCAGCCGCCGCCUCGGCCGCCCCGGUCCCUCCUGGGAUGGGGAGCUGUCCCCCUGGCAGGGUGCCGUACGGGGUCUCACCGGCGUGCCCCCCCCGCCCAGCCCCGCGCCUGGCACUCCCAAAACCUUCAUCCAGCGUAUCGGGCAGCCCCUUGCCGGGAUGACCUCCCGUCCUCCCGCGGCGGCGGGGGCCCGCAGCCCCUCCCCGGGACGCUCCGUGGGGCAGUCGCUGGCGUCGCUGCUUGUGGACAGCAUAGCCCGCACCAAAGCCCCCGCAUCCCCGCCGCCCACCCGCCGUCCCUCCUCCCACUCGCCCUCGUCGCUCCGACGCCCAUCCCAGCGGGACGGGAGCACCCGCAGAUCACCGAGCCCACCGUCGGGGCAGCGGGGCUGGGCCGACACCGGCCGCCCCGUCCUUUCCUCCAUCUCACGCGGCAACCGGAGCCCCUCACCGCAGCGUCGUGCCGCUUUCCCGGCCCCCCGCGGCCAAUCCCCCGGCUCCCCGGCCACUCUCCGCCGCAGCGUUCGUGGCCCAGGGCCGGCGGAGGCCGUGGAGCGCGACGGGGCGGCCGGGGAGGAGGGCGCGGGCCGCUACGCGGUGGUGACGCCGCAGGUGCAGAGGUUGGGCUCCUUCCGGCGGGCGUCCCACAUGUACAAGCAGCACUGGUCCACGCAGCACGUCGUGCGGGUGCGGGAGAUGCCCGACGUCUGGACGACCGAGCAGGUUCCCCCCCCGCAGCCCACCCAGCGCGGCCGGCGGUGGGCGAGCCAGCGAGGAGUCGACAUCGCCCGAUACCUGAGCCAGCGCUCGCCGGCGGGCGGCUGGCGGGACCGGCACCCCUGGGCAGACGGGUACCUGGGCACCAAGCAGCCCUGGCGCACCAAGAUGCAGUCGCUGUGCAGCCUGCCCAUCAUGCGGUACCAGGAGCCACAGGAGGAGGACGGGCUGGAGGACAUGACCCAGCUGGAGGACCUCCAGGAGGCUGCAGUGCUGAGCAACAUCCGGACACGGUUUGAGCGUCAGCUCAUCUACACCUACAUCGGCAGCAUCCUGGUGUCAGUGAACCCAUACCGGCUCUACAACAUCUACGGCACGGAUCAGGUGCUGCAGUACGAAGGCAGAGCCCUGGGUGAGAACCCACCGCACCUCUUUGCUAUCGCAAACGUCGCCUACUCCAAAGUGAUGGAUGCCAAACACAACCAGUGUAUCAUCAUCAGUGGGGAGAGCGGCUCGGGGAAGACAGAAGCCACCAAACUGAUCCUGCGCUACUUGGCAGCUGUGAGCCAGAAACGCAGCCCUGCCCCGCAGAUAGAGAUCCUGGAGGCGACCCCCUUGCUGGAAUCCUUCGGCAACGCCAAAACCGUGAGGAAUGACAAUUCCAGCAGGUUUGGGAAAUUCGUGGAAAUCUUUCUGGAAGACGGCUUGAUCUGCGGUGCCAUAACCUCGCAGUACCUGCUGGAGAAGUCCCGUGUGGUCUUCCAGGCCAAGACUGAGCGCAACUACCACAUCUUCUACGAGAUGCUGGCAGGGCUGCCAGCCCAGCAGCGGCAGCGCUACUUCCUGCAGGGCGCCGAGACCUACUACUACCUGAACCAGGGUGGGAACUGUGAGAUCCCCGGCAAGGACGACGCGGAGGAUUUCCGUCGGCUGCUGAACACCAUGGAGGUGCUGAGCUUCAGCGUGGAGGAGCAGAACAGCAUCUUCCGCAUCCUCUCCUCCGUCCUCCAUCUGGGCAACGUCUACUUUGAGAAACAUGAGACUGACUGCCAGGAGAUCGCCACAGUGGUGAGCGCUGCCGAGAUCCGGACCGUGGCUGAGCUGCUGCAGGUCUCCCCGGAGGGCCUGCAGAAAGCCAUCACCUUCAAGGUGACGGAAACACUGCGGGAGAAGAUAUUUACCCCUCUGACCGUCGAAAGUGCUGUGGAUGCCAGGGAUGCCAUUGCCAAGACCCUCUACGCCCUGCUCUUCGGCUGGCUCACGGACCGCAUCAACAAGCUGGUGUACCCGCGACAGGAGGCCCUCUCCAUCGCCAUCCUGGACAUCUACGGCUUUGAGGACCUCAACUUCAACAGCUUCGAGCAGCUGUGCAUCAACUACGCCAACGAGUGCCUGCAGUUCUUCUUCAACAGGAUCGUCUUCCAGGAGGAGCAGGAGGAGUACCUCCGGGAGCAGAUUGAGUGGAAGGAGAUCCCCUUCAGCGACAAUCAGCCCUGCAUCGACCUCAUUUCCCAGAAGCCCUACGGCAUCCUGCGGAUCCUGGAUGAUCAGAGCUGCUUCCCCCAGGCCACUGACCACACAUUCCUCCAGAAGUGUCACUACCACCAUGGGACGAACCCACUGUACACCAAACCAAAGAUGCCGCUGCCCGAGUUCACCAUCAAGCACUAUGCGGGGAAGGUGACCUACCAGGUUCACAAGUUUUUGGAUAAAAACUAUGACCAGGUCCGUCAGGACGUGCUGGACCUGUUCAUCAGCAGCAGGACCAAGGUGGUGGCCAACCUCUUCUUCGGCCAUGCCCAGGUAUUGGCCCGGCAGAGGAGCCUGGUCAGGAGGAGCAGCACGAGGACACGGCGGUACAAGGCCCCCACUGUGGCCGCCCGGUUCCAGCAAUCGCUCCUGGAGCUGGUGGAAAAGAUGGAGAGGUGCAAUCCCUUCUUUGUGCGCUGUCUCAAACCCAACAACAAGAAGGAGCCAGGGCUGUUUGAGGCUGACGUGGUGAGCAGCCAGCUGCGGUAUUCAGGGAUCCUGGAGACCAUCCGCAUCCGCAAGGAAGGCUUCCCCAUCCGCAUCCCCUUCCUCGUCUUCAUUGACAGGUACCGCUGCCUCGUUGACAUGUGGUCCAACGUCAUUCCCAAUGGAGCCAACUGUGUGGAGAUGCUGAGGAGCCUCUGCCCCGUCAGCCCCAGCAUGUACUACGUCGGUGUCAGCAAGCUCUUCCUGAAGGAGCAGCUGUACCAGGCGCUGGAGAGCAAGCGAGCCCGUGCCCACCACCUGGCCGCGCUCACGCUCCAGCGCUACGCUCGCACCUUCUUCAUCAAGAGGCGCUUCCGCUCCCUCCGCAGAAAGAUCGUCCUCCUGCAGACCCGGGCGCGGGGCUACCUGGCCAGGCGGCGGUACCGGCGCAUGCGACGCACGCUCAUCAAGUUCAGGUCGUUGGUGCACAUCUAUGUGAACCGCCGGAGGUACCUGAAGAGGAAGGAAGAUGCCCGCCGGCGGGCCGAGGAGGAAAAGGAGAGGAUGAAGCAGGAGCUGACGAGGAGGGAGGUGGUGGACGUCACCCACCUGGAGAUCCCAGCCGAGCUGAUGGGGCUGCUGGAGGCUGCUGCAGCCGCCCGGGAGGUGAACGCCGGCUGCGUGGUCCUAGUGCCACCCCCAGCACUGCAGCCCGACUCCCAGCUCACCCUCCCGCUCGACAUCAACGACUACCCCAUGGCCAAGUACGUGCGGGGCCACUUCCAGGAACCAGCAUUUGGAAUGCUGACGGCCCCUCUGGCAGCCCCCCUUACCCGGCUGGAUGAGGAGCUGUGCCACGAGGCUCUUAGCCUCUUCCAGCUGAUCCUGCGGUUCAUGGGGGACCCGGGGCUGGGUGGCUCCCAGGAGACCCUCUUCGGCAACUACAUCGUGCAGAAGGGGCUGUCGGUGCCAGGGCUGCGGGAUGAGCUCCUGGCACAAGCUGCCAACCAGGUCUGGCGUAACACCAACGUCAACAACGAGGAGCGGGGCUGGCUGCUGCUGGCCACCUGCCUCAGUGCCUUCCCUCCUUCGACUGCCUUCGACAAGUACCUGCUCAAGUUCGUCUCUGACUACGCCUUCGCCGGAUACAAAGCAGUGUGCCAGCGCAAGCUGAUGCAGGCCAUGGCACGCUCACAGCUGGGCACCGCGGCCGCCCGCACCUACCCGCCCUCGCUGCUGGAGUGGACGGCGAACCGGCAGCAAGCCAGCAUGGCGCUGCUCCUCCACUGCUUCAAUGGUGACCAGUUCUCCUGCCCUGUCCACUCCUGGAGCACAGGCGAGGACCUGGCAGGGGAUGUCCUGAAGCACAGGGGACUGGCGGAGGGCUGGCGUGGCUGGUCUGUGGCCAUGAAGGCGGGUGCCAGGUGGGCUGAGCUGGCUGGCCACGACUAUGUCCUGGAUCUCAUCUCUGACCUCGAGCUGCUCCGGGGCUUCCCCAAACAGAAGUCCUGCUUCCUCGUCGCAUGGGAGGGGGCCGUGAGCCAUGGCAGGGACAGCCGGGUCUUGGAUUUGGAUGAAGUGCCUCCUCCCCCGGCCGUGAAAGCCCCCACGCUGCCAUCCAUGGAGGCGUACCACCCCCAUGAUGGAGAAUUUGGGGAACCGCGUGGCCAGAAGGGUCUGGACCGGUACCUGGACAGCCUCUUCGACCCCGUGCUGUCCUAUGGCAAUGGGGAGCUGGAGAAGCCGGCCGUCCUGUCACAGAGGAUGAAGGGAGGAGGUGGCGUGGGAGGCGGGGACAAUGAUGCCGAGCGGAGCGGAGGCGCCGGAGCUGCGGAGACGCGUCAGCCGAGGGGAGCGGAGCCAGUCCCGUCCUCGCAGUGGCGGGCAGAUGCCCACCAGCCGCCUGGGUCCCCGGGCAGAGCAGCAGAGAGGACACCAGCCCACGCCCCUCAGCCCCGGCCCUACUCGCAGAAAGCCGCUCCCGUGGGCCGGCGCUGGCCGGGCGAGCUGGUGCGACAUUCCCGGCUCAACUCGGAGCACUUCCCACGGCCCACGCACGACAUCCGCAACAUCAUCCGGCAGUGCCAGCCGGCCCCGCGCGGCGCCCAGCCCCACAGCAAGCUCUUUGGCAAGAAGCUGGAUCCCCAUGAGGAAGCCAUGCAGAUCCUGAAGGAGCAGCUCUCAGCAGCCCGGGUGCCAGUGUCUGUGGGGGCCAAGGAGAUGGUGGCCACAGUGAAGCCAGUCACCAGCAGCAGGUACCAGCUGCGAGCACCAACGGGGCAUCUGGUGGCCACACGGCCCCCAGUCUCUGUCUCACGGGAGCUCCCAUCUGAGGGGCAGCAGGUCCAGACCCAGCUGCACCGGAGCUGCAGUGAGGACUUCUACACCUACCACAAUGUGCCCUGGAAAAUAUACAUCCGCAAGGAGGUUUUCUACCCCAAGGACAGCAUCAACAACCCACUGCUGCUCGACCUCAUCUUCCGGCAGAUCUUCAAUGACACACUGUCCGACACUUGCAUCCGGAUCAGUCAGGAGGAGCGGCUCCGCUUGAAAUCCCUCUUUGUGGAAAACAAGCUGGACUCCUUCAGCCCUGUGGCCACCGAGAGCGUCAAGAGGGAGAUCAUCGCUGCCGCCCGUGAUGGCUGUGAGGUGUAUUUCUCACGCCUCUUCCCCGCCACGGGCAGCGUGGGGACAGCCGUGCAGAUCCUGGCCGUGUCCCACACCGGCAUCAAGCUGCUGCGGCUGCUGAAGGGCAGCAACGUCCCCGGGGAGCAGCUGCGGGUGCUGCGGACGUACAGCUACGCCGACUUGCUCUUCGUGACCACUCCAUCCAGGAACAUGCUGGAGUUCAACCUGAGCAGCGAGAAGCUCAUCCUCUUCUCACCCAAAGCUCCUCAGGUCAAGGCCAUGGUUGACCACUUCAUCACGGAGCUCAGGAAGGACUCCCAGUACGUGGUGGCCGUGAGGAAUUACAGCCCGGAGGACAAGGGCCAGCUCAGCUUCCACAAAGGGGAUAUCAUCCACCUACAGUCGCUGGAGUGCCCUGAGAGAGACCACUACUAUGGCUGCGUGGUCCGCAAGAAGGUGGUGUACCUGGAGGAUCUGAAGACAGGCACCCAGGAUUUUGGGUGGAAGUUCGGGGCCAUCCACGGCAGGUCGGGGCUCUUCCCCACCGACUGUGUCCAACCCGUCGCAGCGCCUGACUUUGUCCAUUUGCCAGCGGAGAGGAAGGAGGAGCCCAAGGACAAGCAGGGCAAGGUGGUGGCUUCAGCGGCUGUGGCCAUGGCCGUCGCCUCCACCGCUGUGGCCCAGGAGCUGGACCGUAAAACCGAGGCAGCUCCGGGCAGCACGGCCUCUGCGCAGGGGCCAGAGGGAGACGGUGCUGAGCGGCUUGGGGACGGCUCAGGGAUCUGCUCCAUGUCAGCCUUUGCCCGGCGGUACUUCCGCACCGCACGGCGUGAGACCACGGACUCCUGUGGGAUGAAGGCCAAAAGGGACGUGCCCGAUGUGCUGGAGAUGCUGACGUUCACCAAGACCCCCAUCCAGGAGUCACUCAUCGAAUUUGCAGACAGUAGCAUCAACAAACUGGCCGUUGAGGCUUUCCAAGCUGUGAUGAAGUUCAUGGGUGACCACCCUCUGCGGGGACAAACAGAGCUGGAUGCCAUCUGCACCAUCCUCAAGCUAUGUGCGGAGCACGAGGUCCUGCAGGAUGAGGUGUACUGCCAGAUCAUCAAGCAGAUUACCAACAACACCAGCGCCAAGCCGGACAGCUGUCAGAAGGGCUGGAGGCUGCUCUACAUCCUCGCUGCCUACCACAAGUGCUCAGAGGUGCUCAGGCCUUUCCUCACAGCCUUCCUGCAGCGUGCCAGCAGGCACCCGGAGCUGCCUUUCCAAGGCAUCGCCAAAGCCUGCGAGCAAAACCUGCGGAAAACCCUGCAGUUCGGCGGCCGCAGCCUCUUCCCCAGCAGCAUGGAGCUCAGGGCCAUGGUGGCUGGACGCAGUGCCAAGCGCCAGCUCUUCCUCCUGCCUGGCGGCAUCGAAAGGCACCUCAAGAUCAAGACAUGCUCGGUGGUUCUGGACGUGAUCGAGGAGCUAUGCUGUGAGAUGGGGCUGCAGCACCCAGAGGCUUUUGACGAGUACAUCCUCUUUGUGGUGACUGAGAGAGGGCAGAGCGUGCGGCCACUGACACGCCGGGAAUACGUCCUGGAUGUGGCCGCGGAGACCGAGCGCCGGGAUGCCAGCUACAACUUCUGGUGCCGCCGCGUGGUCUGGAGCCAGCCCCUCAAGUUUGACAACGAGCUCUAUGUCACUGUCCACUACAACCAGGUGCUCCCCGACUACCUCAAGGGUCUGUUCACCAUCCUGCCGCCCGCGAGGCCGGGAGAGCACCACUUCCCGCAGGUGGCCAAGCUGGCUGCCCUCCAGCACCGAGCCAAGGACCACCACCACCUCCCCACAGCGCGGGAGGUGCAGGACUACAUCCCCCCACAGCUUUUCCGCCUGCUGAAGGCACAGUCCUGGCUGCAGAUGGUGACCCAGCACAUGCAGCAAGCUCAGGCACUCAGCACCCACCAGGCCAGGGCACAGUUCCUGGGGCUGCUGAGUGCCUACCCCAUGUUUGGCUCAUCCUUCUUCUACAUCCAGAGCUGCAGCAACAAUGCCAUCGUUUCACCCUGCAUCCUGGCUGUCAACCAAAACGGCCUCAACUUCCUCAGCAAGGAGACCCACGAGCCCAUCGCCAAGUUCUCGCUGAAAGAGAUCCAGUCGACGCGGACACAGCGUCCCACGGCCGGAUCCAGCUACCCCUACGUGGAGAUCACGCUGGGUGACCUCCUGGCCCAGGGCAUCACCCAGCUGCAGCUGGAGCAGGGCCUGGAGCUGUGCCGCGUGGUGGCCGCGCACAUGGAGAUGCUGCUGGGCGCCCGGGAGAAGAGGCUGACGCUGCCGCCCAGUGAGAUCACCCUGCUCUGA